AAAUAAUUAAAAGGGAAUGCUCCAAAAUGGGGUUGAUUAAUUUUGGUUCUGUACUAAACCUAUUCAUGGUAGGUUUUUUUUGGGGCGUUACAAAUCCAUUUUUAAAAAGAGGCACAGCUGGUGUUUCUAAUAUCCAUGAUGACAAUAGAUUUUUAAAAAUGAUAAAGGAAAUACUGUUUCUGGCAACGAAUUGGAAGUACAUGACACCAUUUCUGAUUAAUCAAUGUGGAUCAAUCCUAUAUUUCAUUUCCUUGAAAGAUUCAGAUUUAACAUUGGCAGUACCCAUUUGCAAUUCAUUGGCAUUUGUGUGGACUGCUGUUGUUGGAUGGUGGCUUGGCGAAGAAAUCCCAAAUAGAGCUUCUCAGGUUGGCAUGAUGAUGAUUGCUUUUGGAAUAUGCUGCUACCUGAUGGCAUAGAAAAUGGAGUUUCAUAGAAAGGCAUGUUCCGUAUUCAUUC